UCUCCCUCCUCCUCACGCGUUUCCUUCCUUUUUUUUCUUCUCCAUUUUCUCUUCAGCCGCUGAUUGAAGCGAUGGGGAAGCAAACCAGAUCUGGAAAACCUCAAAGUUUGGGCAAAGGAAAGGUUACUGCGGUCCAGGUCGCCUUCUUCGUCUACCGAUAUCUCUCCGACAACAACUUCAACAAAACACGCUCCGUCUUCCGAACCGAAGCAGCUUCUCUCAUAUCCAAAUCGCCGGUUCGAGAGGCACAUCGAAGACUUUAUUUGACUCUGGGCACGAUUUUGAACGAGUAUAUACGAUUGAAGGAGCAGGAGGUGAUGUUUGAUCAGGAGAGGGUCCGUUUGGAGCAAGGGAAACUCCCUCUUUUCGGGUAUGCAAGAGGUCAGGAAUGCGUACAAUGCCAGUGGAGGUGCGACUCCUGCUCCGAGGAUUCAGGCUCCUGCAACUCUACCAGUGGCCUUAGUUCCUCAAUCCGAUGUAGUGGAUCUCCUGCAGGUGCAACUCUGGAUCCACUCUGUACUCCCGGUUUUCAGAUUGUCCUUCCUUUAUGUAGAUCUUGCAAAUCUCUAAUUAUUCAUGACUUUCAAGGGAAAAGAACUGCAAAUUCAAUAAAGCUAUAUGCAAGGACUAAAUGGGCAUGCUUGUGGAAAAUGCUCUCUGGACUAUUCGUUUGUGAUAGCAUCUCUCAUAAGUACACAUCAAGAGACACUAGGAGGCCAGGAGCAUAUAGAAACUGUUUUUGUGUAAUACCCUUCUUUCUUAUCUAUCAUCAGUCACCAAUCAAAAACAUGCACGGACCUCUGCAAUGGUUGUACCAUCGCCCCAUUUUCACAUACCUGUUGCACCACAGGUUCAGGUAUCCACUGUGGCUAAAAGUUUCUUCAAUCAGCCCUCAUAUUCCCCUCCAACUUAUACCUCUGGUCCUAAUACUCCACCACAACAGGCAGCCUCUUCUCAAAAUGAUAGGCCACGAUCACUGGGUGUUUCUUCCACAUCCAAAUGCAAUAAAGACAAUACUACUCAAGAGAUCACUCCCAAGUGCCAACUGCACUAUAAUAACAGCUAAGAGAGUUAGAGUGAGCCUCUUCAAAGAAGUGGGAUACUAUAUAGUGGAGAGAUCGCGCUGCAAUUCCUUCCCAUCUCCUGCCAAGACAAACUCAAAGAGGCUGAAUAAGAGGGAUCAUGUAAAAGGAAGGCUUGGGUUUGAUGGUCCAGAUGGAUCGGUUGACCUGGACAAGCCAACUGCAACUAAGAUUUCAACUUCUGAGUCUGAUCAGGAAGUGGACUUGUUUGACAUGGAUUUCCUUAAUCUUCAUUCCCUUGGAGAAAAUUUUUGCUUCUCUGAGCCGUUAAUUGAUAUUCCUGUGCCUGUCAACAAACCUCAGGCUCUCCUGGAGAUACUGCUUCAGGAUGUUGAUUCUCUUUGAUCUGCCUUUCACAUAGAGUUUACAUACUUCCAUGCUCUGCUUUUUAGAAGUAUUAGUCUUAUUUUCUCUUCAUCUGAUUCCCUCUCCUAUGGACAAUAUAUAGGUUGCCUAAUGAAUCAGGGGCUGACCAUGUAACGUCAGAGUUCUCAUCAACUGUAACAGAACUGAUUUAAGGGAAAGAUGUGCAUAGUCAAGGCCCAGAAGCUCUAACUACAGUGAAGUCGGUUACAAAAUGCAUAAGAAUUUUAAGUCCUGGUUAGUUCACCUCUUGACCAUUUAUUUGCUUGCAGGUUCACGUUCUGCCUAAUAUUGACUCUUGAUUUUUCUUUUGCUUACCUAAUCGAUAUGGAACUCCUUGAUUGCCGUAAAAGCAAAUGCAAACCAGGCUGCUGAAGUCCUCAAUUUCUCAGGUGCAUUCUUAUUAAAUUUUGUGCGUAAAUUUUUUUGGAUAAUUUACA